AUGGAGGAGGACAAGCUUCAGCCGCUGGCCAUCGUUGGUCUGAGUCUUCGUUUCCCUGGAGAGGCCAAGGACACUAGCGGUUUCUGGGAAGUGUUGAGCAACGCAAAGUCGACGCGUACCAAGAUUCCCAACAGUCGCUUCAACCCAGAUGCGUUCUAUCACCCCUCCCCUGAUCGCCAAGGCGCGAUCAUCACCAAAGAGGGAUGCUUCAUGGCAGAGGAUCCUGGCUACUUUGAUUCCUCCUUCUUUGCUGGGAUAUCAAUCAAGGAUGUUGCCGGCACUCAGACUGCCUGCUACGUCGGCGGGUUCAGCAGCGACUAUGACAUGAUCAGUGGCAGCGAGAUCAAUCAGCAGUCAAUGUACCAAGCUACGGGUUGCGGUAAUGCCAUGCUUUCAAACCGUAUAUCCUGGUUCUACGAUUUGCGUGGGCCAUCAUUCUCCAUUGAUACGGCAUGUUCGUCCAGCAUGGUGGCCCUUCACGAGGCUUGUCGUGAGCUUCAACUGGGAGAGAGUGGCAUGGCAGUGGUAGCGGGCACUAGUCUCAUGCUCAAACCCGAGGUCUGGAGAGGACUGUCAGCCCAACGAUUCUUGAGCCCUGAUGGCUGCUCGCAUUGUUUCGAUAGUCGGGCCAAUGGCUACGGGCGUGGUGAAGGUGUUGGAGUCAUUAUCAUCAAGCCGCUUACCGAUGCCCUUCGCGAUAAUGAUGUGAUCCGGGCAGUAAUUCGAGGUAGUGGUAUCAACCAGGACGGAAAGACUCCCGCUAUCACCGUACCAAGUGCCACGGCUCAGAUGUCUCUGAUCAAAUCGACCUAUGAAAAGGCUGGUCUCGAACUUGGCCAUACAUCGUACUUUGAGGCACACGGAACUGGCACACCGGUGGGUGACCCGCUUGAGCUCCUCGCGAUUGGCCAAACUAUUGGAGCUGCUAGAGCCGAGGAUGAUCACCCUGUGAUUGUGGGAUCAGUCAAGAGCAACUUGGGCCAUCUCGAGGGUGCUUCUGGCAUUGCCGGUGUCAUCAAGACAAUUCUUACUCUCGAGAAUGGUGCUAUCCCCGCCGUUGCUGAGUUUGAAACUCCUAACCCAAGACUCCGCCUCGAUGAGUGGAGGCUACAAAUUCCUAGCACACUAACUCCAUGGCCUACUGACGGCCUGCGCCGUGCCAGUGUUAACUCGUUUGGCUAUGGAGGAACUAAUGCUCAUGUUAUUCUUGACGACGCCAUGAACUACUUGAGAGCAAGGAACCUUGCAGGUAAUCAUAACACGUCGGCCGCUCUCGAGCCCCCGGGCACGCCAGACUCCGAGCCAAGUGUUGACUCCGGCAUUUCACUGCCGCCAAGUCCCUUUGAAAAGAGCAAAGGCGGUCAGCAAAUGCGGCUCUUUGCUUUCACUUCCCCCGAACAAGAUGGUGUUGCUAGACUUGCCGAGACAUACGCACGGUUCAUUCAACAAGAGUUUGCUCCAGAGACUGCUAUUCCUGGCGAUGAGCUCGAGUCAGAUGACAAAUUGAACAGUCUUGCAUACACUCUCGCGCAACGAAGAACAAUAUUCGACUACAGGAGUUUUGCUAUCGCUGACUCCAGCACUGGGCUCCUUCAGGUUCUUGACAAGGGUCUCCCAUCUCUCGGACGCGCUACCAAGAAGGCGUCCUGUGCCUUUGUAUUCACAGGACAGGGCGCUCAAUGGUUUGCAAUGGGCCGCGAGCUGCAGCGCCACGUCGUGUUCCGGAGCAGUCUCACCGACGCAGAUGAAUACUUCACGUCGUCCAUGGGAAGCAGCUGGUCGCUCCUUGAAGAACUUAGCAAAGACAAGAGCACCAGCCGCAUCAACGAGCCCGAAUUAUCGCAGCCCCUCUGCACUGCGCUGCAAGUUGCUCUGGUAGAUCUGCUGGAGCACUGGGGCGUCCGAGCCAAGGCUGUCGUCGGGCAUUCCAGCGGUGAGAUCGGCGCUGCAUACGCUGCGGGUGUCCUGAGCCGAGAGGACGCUUGGAAGGUUGCCUACUGCAGAGGCCAGCGGUCUUCGGAAAUCAAAAGUCUCCUUCCCGACCGUAUCGGGUCCAUGCUGGCGGCCGCGAUGUCAGCGGAGGAUGCGCAGACAUACAUUGCCAAGAUCGAGAAGGGCGAUAUUGUCGUUGCUUGCAUCAACAGCCCGAGCAGCGUUACCAUUUCUGGUGACGACUUUGCUGUAUCUGAGAUGGAAGGAUUGCUCAAAGUUAGCAAUGUCUGGUGCCGUAAGCUGCUCGUCAAGACUGCUUAUCAUUCGCCACAUAUGAGGGUCAUUGCCGAGCAGUACCUUCAUGACAUCGAGGACGUUGUGCCUCGCAAGUCAGUCUCUGAAACAGCUGUUUUCUCUUCCGUCACAGGAGCCGAGAUUAGCUACGACCAGAUGGGACCUGAAUACUGGGUGAAGAACCUUGUCAGCCCAGUCCGGUUCUCCGAGGCAGUGUCCGACCUUCUUCAGCCGCGCGACAGCCGGAGCCGACGCAAGGGUAAUGCCAACGUCGAAGCUCUGGUUGAGAUCGGACCCCACGCCGCACUCCAAGGGCCGCUCAAGGACACCCUCGCAAGCCUUAACCAGUCCUGGGUCAUGUCAGUGGCCUACAUGUCGCUCCUGCAGCGGAACGCAAAUGCCGUUGAGACAUCCAUGACAGCAGCAGGCAAGUUGUGGAGCCUGGGUUUUCAGGUAGACUUGGGUCUGGUCAACUCUAUGGAUGGGACGGCCGUACCAGCUAAGCCCCUGGUGAACCUCCCUAGCUAUCCCUUCAACCACAAGAAGCGAUACUGGUUCGAAUCGCGACCGAUGCGCUUUGCCCAGGAAAACGGUGGUCCGAGGACUGACCUUCUUGGCGCACCAACGAAAGACUACCAAAACAUUGCGCCGACUUGGAGAAACUUCCUUAGCCCUUCUGAAGUUCCGUGGCUCUUAGACCAUCGGGUCCACAGGCUGCUCAUCAUGCCUGGAGCUGUCUAUAUAGUGAUGGUCAUGGAGGCAUGCAAACAGACAGCAGACCCUGCCAAGACGAUGCUGGGAUACGAAUUCCGCGACAUCUUCUGGCAUAAGCCUAUCAUCUUUGAGUCGCAAGACUCCUUCAUUGAGAUUGGAUUGCAGCUCUCGCCGCACCGUAUCGGCACGAAGCAGCCUUCGGCAAACUGGAUGCACUUCUCCGUAGUGACCUUUGGCGACAACAACGAAGCGUCGGAGCACUGCACCGGCCUUGUCAAGGUCGAGUAUGCCACCAAGCCAGGCGAGAUCGAGAACGGCACAGAGGCCGUCAAAGAAUGGGAGAUAUACCAAGCGAAAUAUGCAUCGCUUCAGGCCAAGCCGACAAUUGAGCAAAACGCCAACCGGAUGUAUCAGACAUUGAACGGCUACGGCCUAGAGUUUGGCCCCACGUUCCAGAACUUGACCAACAUCCAAGGAGGCGACGGCUUUGGUCUGUGCAACAUCGAAACUCCCGACACCGCGGCCACCAUGUUUGAGAAUAUCGAGUAUCCUCUCCCGAUACACCCGACGGUGCUUGAUGCAACUUUCCAGAUGUUGGCCACCACCAAUUACAAUGCUGCUGGCCUGGGCAUUGCUAUGUUGCCGCACUCAAUCGAGAGUUUAUUCGUGUCUUCCUCAGUGCCGACAGAGGCGGGCUCGGUUCUCAAGGGCUACUGCACCCGGACGCCCAAGACACAUACCAAGCACUUAGGUACCUCUAUUCUCUCCGACAAAAGCUGGGAGAAGCCCAUGGUUAUCCUAAAGAACUUGACCGUCGUCGCUGUGGCAUCUUCUGCCCCGGGAAGCGGACCGAACUCAGCCGCUAGCGCACGUCUUGACUGGGUCCUUGAUACAAGGCUCUCCCCUCUGCCUCCACACGAGCCUAGAGCUGUCGAGGACAAGGCUAUCAUGUGCGCUGAUAUGUGCGACCAAGCUGCACUUGUCGCUGUGCAGCAGGCACUGGCAAACUCAACCUCGCUCAUCGCUGAAACUCAGAGCGGCGAUGCAGCAUCAUUGAGCACUUAUCAGCAAUGGAUGCAGUCUCUGUCAUUCACGUCUCUCCGGGAGAAUGCCGUCAAUGAAACAACAGUGGACGAUGCCGCAGCUGCCGUGUUAAAGGCCAUCCAGGCAGUCGGUACAAAUAUAGGGGCCUCCGAAAACAGCAUUUUGACUCCGCAGUUCGUGUACGAGUUUAUUCAGAAUGAGCUCGAUCUGUCUUUCACCGACUCUGUCGUGACGGAUAUUAUUGACUGUGCGGCCUAUGUCAACCCCAAUCUCGAAAUUUUAGAGAUAAGCUGUGGUUCUACAACAUGCGCCUCGAUGAUCCUUGAACGUCUUGGGGGCAAGACAAAUCGCAUCAACCACUACACCCUCACUAGUUCGAGCGCUGGGGCUGUCGAAACCAUGACUUCGUCCCUUGGCACAAUGUCUGCAGAUACUCUUACCUGCAAAGAGUUUGACAUUGAGUGUGACUUCGAGGCACAAGAAUUCGAAGCAGCAAAGUUCGACUACGUGAUCUUUGAUGACCUGUCACUCUCGACAGCUAACCUUGGCUUGGCCUUGCAGAACAUCAAAAAGUUGCUCAAGCCGAGCGGCAGUGCGAUCGUCAAGUCUGUUACCCAGUCCCAGAUCAGAACUGCUUUCGUUCUGGGCGCGCUUCCGAGCUGGUGGCGUGACCACAACAGCGAGAAGGAUAGCACGUAUUCUUCUGUGCGACUCGACGAGCAGGCCUGGCACGCUCUCCUGACUGAAGCUGGGUUUGAGGGCGUGGGCCAACUAUUCCGCGACUCGGAGAACGCCAACAUGCAUCAGGUCUCCGUGAUGGCGUCUCGGGUCAAGCGUGAACCGUCCUUUGAGAACUCGGACGUUAUCAUCGUUUGCUCUCCGAAGCGGUCGCCCGAAGUCUCGCAGCUUGUCGCGAAUUGUGCUUCCGGCCUGUUCCAGCUCGGCUUAUCAACCACAAUGACGUCUUGGGAUACGGUCGGAGAUGUUUCAGGCAAGCUGAUUAUCUCGUUCAUCGAGACUGAGGAGCCAGUUAUGGAAGAUCUGUCGAGUGACCUAUUCACUGCGAUCAAGUCCAUGGCCCUGGACUGCACUGGUAUGUUGUGGAUUACGCACGCUGGUCACAUCUCCGGUCCUUCUGUUCCCUGGUUCAACAUCUCGUCUGGUCUCUUCCGGUCCAUUCGGUCAGAGUACGAAAACAAGCCUUUGGCAACCUUGGACCUGUCCGCAGAACUUGACUUAGCAUCUACGGAUGGAUUGGACAUUGUCAUGCGGAUCUUCACUUACCUCUUCGGUUUGAACGAGCGCGAUUAUCCGGAUAAGGAGUGGGCUGAGUCAAAUGGCCUUCUCUACGUACAGCGGCUCAUGGACGACAAAGAGCUGAGUGCGGCGGAGAUGCGCGACAGCUCUAGCCCAGUACCUGUUCAUGAGCCAUUAUUCCAGGAGGAUCGAUAUCUGAAGAUGAACCUGGGACAACUCGGCUCACUUGAUACUCUUCAAUUCGUUGACAGAGAAGAAUUUGCUAAGCCUAUCAAGCGCGAUUAUCUUAGGGUCAAGAUUCUGUACACAGGCCUUAACUUUGUCGACAUCAUGGCUGCCCUUGGCGAAGUCCAGACCGCUACUCUUGGCUGUGAGGUUGGCGGUGUUGUUGUGGAGAUGGGAGAGGAUACCAAGGGAUUCGAGAUCGGAGACACUGUCGUCGCUUCAUGCACCUCAGGCUUCGGUAGUCAUGUUGGCAUGAAGUACACGGUCGCGCACAAGGUUCCUUCGACCAUGACGCUCGAGGAAGCCGUCGGUGUUCCUAUCGCCUACAUGACAGCCUGGCAGAGUCUGGUCGACGAGGCAAGAAUCAAGAAAGGAGAGAGCAUUCUGAUCCACUCAGCCGCUGGUGGCGUCGGGCAGGCUUCUAUCCAGCUUUGCCAGCACUUUGGGCUUGAGAUCUUUGCCACAGUAGGUUCCUUACCCAAGAAGAAGCUCCUGAUGGAGAGAUAUGGGAUCCCUGAGGAGAACAUCUUCUCUUCCCGAGAUCUGUCAUUUGUGCAGGGCAUCAGGCGUGUGACACAGGGCCGCGGUGUGGAUGUCGUCCUCAACUCUGUCGCCGGUGAACUUCUCCGACAGUCGUGGCACCUCGUCGCAGACUUUGGCCGAUUCGUCGAGAUUGGCAAGAGGGAUAUUCUCGGCAAUACCGCCUUGGACAUGGAGCCUUUCCACAGGAGCGUUAGUUUCAUCGGCUUCAACCUUGACAAGUUCCACGACCACUUGCCGGAGUUUGUCGAGAGUGAGAUUGCCCAGGAAAAGGUCUUUGAGCUUCUUGAGGCUGGGAAGCUCCGAGGCAUUGGACCUGUCACUGUAUAUGAUUACAAGGAUGUUGCCAACGCCUUCCGCGCUCUCCAAUCCGGCAAGGUCAUGGGCAAGGUGAUCGUCAAGGCCAACCCUGACGAGAUUGUCCCCGUCAUUCCUCGCAUCAAGCACCCGCUGACUCUGGACCCUAAUGCAACCUACCUACUUGCUGGAGGUUUGGGGGGCAUCGGACGAAGCAUCGCACACAUGCUCUUCGCCAACGGGGCCAAGAAUCUGGCCUUCUUCUCCAAGUCGGGUGAUACCAAAGAGGCGUCCAAAACUUGCUUGAACCAGCUUCGAACUCUUGGAUGUAACGCUAACGCUUAUGCGUGCGACAUCUCCGACCGCGACCAGCUUGUGAAGGCAGUCGAGAAGUGCAAUGCUGAGAUGCCUCCGCCGAAGGGUCUCAUCCAGUGUGCCAUGUCACUGAGAGAUACGAUUUUCGAAAACAUGACCCAUGAUGACUGGGUGCAUUGCACCAGGCCCAAGAUCCAAGGAAGUUGGAAUCUCCACGACGUCCUCCCGAAAGACCUUGACUUUUUCGUGAUGCUCGCAUCCACUUCAGGCGUCAUCGGUAAUCCGGGCCAGGCCAAUUAUGCAGCUGGAAACACGUUUGAGGAUGCACUUGCCCAUUGGCGCCGUCGCCAAGGACUCAAGGCGACGGCCCUCGAUGUUGCCGCUGUCAGGGAUGUUGGCUAUCUCGCUGAGUCGGGCGACACCAAGUACACGACAAUGUCGCAUCUGCUGGCCCUUACCCUGUGCGAAGCGGACGUCCACUUCUUGGUCAAGACCGCUAUCAAGGGCUACACAAUCGGAGACGAGGUUAUCUCUGCGCAGGUCGUAUCCGGGCUAGGUGGUGGCCAGAUCGACAGCCAGCACAUCGACCGCAACGCGUGGGCUCGAGACGGCAAGCUGUGCGUGGUGUGGAAGUCGGCCCUCUCAAAAACGAAAGACUCUAGCCCCUUGGCCGGGCUAGAGGCCUUGGCCAAAGUUGAGACUGUCGAAGCCGCCGUUGCCAUUGUGGAGGACGUAAUGGUCAAGCGCGUCGCAGAUGCAGUCAUGGUCCGUGAGGAGGACAUCAGCCUUUCGGAGCCAUUGCAAUCCUAUGGAGUAAACUCUCUUGUUGCUGUCGAGAUCAGGACCUGGUUGACCAAAGAAUUCCAAGCCGAGAUCUCUGUUGGAGAAAUCAGUCCCUCACCUAUCUCCACCUUGGCGUCAAAGAUUGUGGGCAGUAGCAGACUGCUCCAGAACAGAUUCAAAGAGAAGCCGCAGGAGUCGACUUGA